GGGCGGUUGUAACUUCCUCUUAUUGUUGCUGUGCUGUUGUCACCAGUGUGGGUUCCUUGGCUUACAGGUGGAGCCAGGCAGCAGAAGUUGCAUCUACGGAGGCUUUCCAGUUGCUUCGAGCUUGAAGAAAGUGACACUGACACUUGAGGAUCCUGGCAAAGAGUGACUGGUCUGCAGCUGUAGGAUUUGAUACCCGAGGCACUGCUGCAAUUUUAGUUCUGUGCUGGUUAGAAAUAACUCUGUACAACUGGUUCAAGAUGACAGCCCUGUCGGAAACGCCUGAGCUGCCAGCAGUGUUUGAUGGGGUGAAGCUGGCUGCAGUUGCUGCUGUUCUGUAUGUUAUUGUUCGCUGCCUGAACUUGAAGAGCCCGACUGCCCCUCCGGAGCUCRUCUACCAGGACUCUGCUCUCUCCCGCUUCCUGCUGAAAUCCUGCCCACUUCUGACCAAAGAAUACAUUCCACCCCUCAUCUGGGGAAAGAGUGGACACAUCCAGACUGCCCUAUAUGGGAAGAUGGGGAGAGUGAGAUCRCCGCAUCCAUACGGACUUCGCAAGUACCUCACGAUGCCGGAUGGAGCAACAGCCACCUUUGAUCUCUUUGAGCCCCAGGCUGAGCACUGCAUUGGAGAGGAUGUCACAAUGGUGAUCUGCCCUGGCAUUGCCAACCACAGUGAGAAGCAGUAUAUCCGCACUUUUGUUGACUAUGCGCAAAAAAAUGGUUACAGAUGUGCUGUUCUGAAUCACCUSGGAGCCCUACCAAAUAUUGAGCUGACUUCUCCACGGAUGUUCACAUAUGGUUGUACCUGGGAAUUUGGUGCCAUGGUCAAUUACAUCAAGAAGACCUACCCUCAGACCCAGCUGGUUGUAGUGGGUUUCAGCCUGGGUGGAAAUAUUGUGUGCAAAUACCUUGGAGAGUCCCAGGCCAACCAGGAGAGAGUGCUGUGCUGUGUCAGUGUGUGCCAAGGAUACAGUGCACUGAGGGCCCAGGAAACCUUCAUGCAGUGGGAUCAAUGUAGAAGAUUUUACAACUUCCUCAUGGCAGAUAACAUGAAAAAGAUCAUCCUUUCUCACAGGCAAGUUCUUUUUGGAGAUAACAACAUGAAGAAGCCACCGAGCCUGUCAGAUGCRGAUCUGAGCAAACUCUACACAGCAACAUCCCUCAUGCAGAUUGAUGAUAACGUCAUGAGAAAGUUCCAUGGCUACAGUUCUCUGAAGGAGUACUAUGAAGAGGAAAGCUGCCUACAGUACUUGCACAGGAUCUGUGUUCCUCUCCUGUUGGUUAAUGCUGCUGAUGACCCUCUGGUGCAUGAGAGUCUUCUAUCAAUUCCAAGAGCUCUUUCAGAGAAACGGGAAAAUGUGAUGCAUGUGCUGCCCCUUCAUGGAGGCCACCUGGGCUUCUUUGAGGGGUCUGUGCUCUUCCCAGAACCUCUUACGUGGAUGGAUAAGCUUGUGGUGCAAUAUGCCAAUGCCAUCUGCCAGUGGGAGAAGACAAAGUCUCACUGCUCAGACACAGAGCAGGCUGUAUCUGGCCAGGAGUAACUGACCCAAAGACUCCCUGGAUCACUUCAGUAUAUCUCCCCUUGGGGAACAACUUGUUCCCUCACCUGCUGCUUCAGGUUUCCAUUCUCCUUGAUAUCCUAGGGCUGGGGUUUGAUCACAAUGUUUCCUUCUGAAAAGUGGAGCUACAGCAGAAGUUAAUAUCUGGUCAGAGCACCUUUCCAUAUGUUGUUGUUUGGCCUUGUAACUAUUGUUCUGCUUGAACUGGGUUGCUGACUGUGGCCUGAUGCAGAGCUGUUAAGCUGAAGAACKUGUUUUAAAUGUAUCAGGAGUUUCAGAUAUCAAAUUCCUUCACCAGCUGGUCAAACUUGAUGUUUACAGCWCUUGUUUAGGUGUAGAAGACAGGCAAACUCAACCCUCUAACUCUGUUCUGUUCCAUCCCAGUGCUGGAAGAAUGCUGUACCAAGCCACAGCCAGUGGUUUGGUCUAAUAAGUAGCCUGCAAGAACAGAUGCUUGACAGCAAGUAGAGUUCCAGCCUUGCACCAUCUAAAGGGAGUCUUUUACUUCCUAGGAAUGCACUUCCAAAAGUCAGUGGGUUUAAAGAUACUUAGUUUUCCAUGCUUCUGCUGUCUGUGGUUUAGGAUGUUUUUAUGCAGGGACUCCAGGUGGAGAUAAGCUGCAGGUUGGUAAUACCAGUUAAUACUUCUUUAUGUAAACAUCUUCUCACACAAUGACCAGAUCAGUCACCUUCUCAUCAUAUUUGUCUCUUUUAAAUGUAGUUGUAUCUUUUAGAUCUGCCUUUUUUUUUUUUGUUUGACCCCAGGGCUUUUUAAAGAUGCCUCUGGCUUCCAAAUGGAAAUCCAUAAUGAAUCUACAAGAUCUUUUUGUGGGGUCAAAUUGGAAAAUUAAUUCCUAGAGAAUUGGUGUGCGAUGAUAGGGGCUUGUAGGGGAGGAAUUUAUUUUUUCUUUAGACUUGCUUCCUUUCAUGCUAGUGUAGGCUGUAUCAAACCUCUUCCUCUUAACUUUCAGAGCAUUGAAUGGUUUUCAGACACAUGAUUUGCCUUCCAAGUGAUGGAACGGGAUGGCUCUAACCCUGUGCAAUUGAAUUAGUACUUUCAUAUGGCUAACUGCUUUCAUAUCUAUGUAAAUGCUAUAGGCAUUAGGAGUUCUUCCUCCUUUGACUUUUUUCCACACUCAUACAUCUGCUUCAAGCUUUAAUGUGCAAAGUGAAGUGUGAAACCACAGAUGCAGGACAGAUGCCUACUCCUUUGUGCUGUUCCCUCAAGUGGCUGUUACGGUCUGUGCCAAGACAGUUUAUUCAAGAGUAGCCUCUCCUGGAAGGGAAGCUGUACCAUGAGUUGUACCAUCUAGAGACUGCAACUUUGUGAUCAAAAUCUGUGCUUUGCUGUUUGUUCUACCRAUGGUGUUAAUCUUGUUCCAUUACUGGAUGUAGUCUCAAAGAAUUUUCUUGUCUCUUUCCUGCCAUACUUCCCACGUCAACCAGCACUUGAUUGCUUUAGCCUUGUUUUGGUGUUCUAGGCCCUUUAGUUUAUAGCUGAAGGGUGAAACAAACUGCAAGACUUCAGUGCAGUGACAGAGGGGAACAAGCCUUCUGGACUGCCCUGUCCCUGAACUUYAGUAGGUUGGAGUGGUGGGGCUUUUGUUUUAUUAAAGCAAUAACUAACUAUUGUAGCAAAAGUGCAUUAUCAUAUCAGGAAAUUCCUUUCAGUUUGCCUUAGGCCAGUCUCUUGGCCUGUUUGAUGAACUGUGGUUGUCUGCACAUUCCCUUUGUUAGUACAUCCAGGUUUCCUUUUCUCUCUAAGAGGGCAUCAAUUGGCAAGGGUAUUCCUAGCAAUGAAGUUGUGCUGUUAUCAUAGUAUCUCAUUCAUACUGCAUCUGCAUUUCACCAAAAGCUGUCAUUUGAAAAUUAGUUUUUCUUAAGUAGUUGUUUGUAAUAUCCAUGGGAUGAGAUUAUAUCUUUCCUUCAGCAGAGGUGCAGUGUAAGCAACCCUUCUGCCCAUCAAAUAGAUGCAGCGUAAGCAUGUAGGAAUGUGGUUUUCAUCUCCAGGGGAUCCCAGCUUCAGAACUGCUUGAACUUUCAGAGCAAAUUCUACAACUGUGGGUAACACAAGCCACUGCUGCCUGUCCUGAAGGUACAAAGCUGUCCUUUCCAUGGCAAGAGAGUCUCUUUGGAGUACUUCACAUCCUUCUGGUGAGCAACAACUUCAGGUAGCUCUAGAGGAACAGCUACUAAUGAGAACCAAACGUGUGGAUACCUGUAGAAGGAAGGGCUGCGUGUAAAGCAAAGCUCUGUUCUGCAAGCCUAUUCUGAAGAGCUUUCCUUGCUUUUUUUAAAAGGAGGUUAGAUUUGACUGAUUAGGUCUUGACUGCUUAGUACCUUCUGAUGUACAUUUCAUUAACUGUAAGAAACUCCCUUGUAUCUUUAGGUCUGACUGACUUCAUGUAGCAGAUGACCCGUAAAUGGCCUCUCUUGAGCAAGCUUCUCGAAGAUGAGGUGAGAGCUAGGGAACUGACAGAGCAGCAGGAGCUCUAUUUUUGACUAUUCAAGUAGACUCUACUUUAAAAUAAUAGUAUUUUUCUAGGAGGAAUACUCCCUGCCCCACAACCCAAGCCUUUAUAUUUCAAGAGUGCCAAUGCCAUGGGUUUUCUGAAACUCAGCUAGAGAAUAAUAUUAAACAUGGGUCAUCUGUUUCACUGAGCAGGUUUUGCACUUUGCACUCACAUCUACAGCUAUUUAAACUGCCUGUUGUUUUGACCAAUUGUGGCCUGUUUGGAAAAGAUUUUGUCAUGGCUUAAGCAUUGUGCACGUGUUUUGGGAUSUAAAAUACAUCUUAAGCUUUUUGUAGAUGUAAACAGAAAAAACUGUCCUUCUUCCCCUUGCUCCCUUUUUGACUCUUUUAAAGCAAGACUAGCAGCUGCAACCACCUAAAGAAAACUUGAGAAAUGAGUGAGGCUGAAAGCUAAGCUGGAGUGCAUGCUACAUAAAGACCUGUGGAGAAGGAAAUUUUGUUAAUCUUACUACUGACUGACUGGCAAUUGGUCCAUAAUUCCCAUACUCAAAUAUGAAUGAGACUUUCUCCAAUUCUUAUCUGGAAUAUUCUUCUUAAAUAAGGCAAUGCUAGUCUUGUGAUGUGGACAGAUGUCCUCCAUUUGGCCAGUAAAGACAAUCUCAAACGGAGUCAAAGUUUUUACUGCUUUGAGUUGAAGUAUUCUGUGUGGUUGAUUCUUAAUCCCUCUGCAAGACAAGUGAGCUUGUUGAAGUGGUCACUUGCAGACCCAUACAAUAGUCUGUUAAUGCAGCUCUUCAAGACUUUGGCAUGAAAAAUCUGUCAUAAGCUCUAUGUAGUUUCAGAAUGGGAUUGGAAAAAGUAUUAGAGCUCUUUAGCACUUAAUGGUAUCCAACCCUCUCCCCAUUGCUGGAUGUAAGUAGCACUCAAGUCUAAGGCCCAAGGACAAUCCUCAUUAGGUUUCAAGCUGUGUGGUGGUUAGGCUGGGCCAGCCAUCCUUUUUGGAGAGAAAUGAAGGCUGUAGGUAACAGCUUGGGCUGCUUCUUACUGAACUUGAGGAAUUGGCAACUUCCAUUACAUCAGAUCUACCAGCACUUUUAAUGGUCACUUUUUAAGCUUCUAAGUUGAAGGAUUUUUCAGAUUAAUCUAAUAAUAUUUGCACUGUGAAGAUAAUUGAACCUCCCUGCAGUUGUCUUCUCAGCACUGCUUCUGCAGUUCCUGUUUGUAAUAAUGAAGGUUACAAAGACUGGGCAUUAAGCAAAGAUGGUAGGAACUGGUAUCUCAGUAUUGAUUUUUAGCCAAGCUCCUUGUGUCCUCUCUCCCGAGUCUAUCACAAUCUUCCAGACCACAGCGCUUUGACAAGUGGUGCCUUGCCCUUUUUUUCCUGCUCCCUUGACAUCAGCAUAUCUGAAGACUUCAGUAACAGCUCUGUGAGAGCUUUCAAGUUUUGCUUUUUAAUAAUUUCUCAGCACUGAGUGAGACAUCCCUGGUGAAUAUGUACUGUACCAUGCAAUUGUACAAGUGUGUGCUGUCUUAAAGGACCUUUGUGGUCAGCCUGCAACUAGCUAGUCUCUUUUAAGGUUUAAAUUAAGGUAUAUUAGUAGUGGAUCAUCUUUCAUCUGUCUGCUCCUCAAAUCUGCCUCUGGCAGUAAGGAUUGAGUCAUAGAAGGAAUGUUUGCCUAGGCAACUUACCUUGAAAUUCCAAGAUCUUGCUAGAGAGUAAGACACAAACAUAUAGCUGGAGGUGGAUUCUCUGUAAAUAGCUAUAUCUGAAUGGCAACUCAGGAGUUAAUUGCCAAACAGUGUAGUCAUUAGGGUUGUUUCCAAGYUUUUCUUAGAAAUAUUAUGCCUAUGUGGGGCUUAGUGAAGUUCUUCACUACCUUUUUGAGGAGAUCAGAAAAGGCGCUGGCCCUCUGCUGCCUGUAUAAAUCAUCUCUUGUAAAGAACACUUUGCUGCUGCUGGGUUUGAAGUCAUACUUCCAAAGUCCUUGUUGCUUUGGCAGGUCUGUGCAUUGGGUAGUAUCCAGGGCACUUUGGCUCAAAAGUGUCCUUCAAGAGUGUUAGUUCUCGAUGUGAAGACUUUCAGGGUUCCUGUUGAACUUAAGAUGCGUCAAAGCAGCACAGACCGAAGAGAUGCCUUGCACGUGUGCCCCUGCUGUUGCUCUGUGUGCUUGUUGUGUUCUUGGACUGGGUUUUUCUCAGUUGUUGGGAGAGUAUGUUUAAGUGCCACCAGAGCAUCAAAGCAGUUGUCAGAUCUUCAGUUUGUGCUGGAAGAGCUGAACUACUGCUUUUCAAACACCKGGAUCUUUGAUCUUGCUGGUUAAUGACAAACACUGCAGUCCAGGCCAGCAUUCAUCAGGUUGAGUUUGCUCAUGUGGAACAGUCUUUUCUGAGUCUGUCUAAUAAUACUGAACUCCAGCCCUGUGUUCCCUGUGCGUCUUUCCUUCUCACUGGAUGGUCCUGCCUGAGCUGGGUGACUUUAAUGCCAGUAAGGAGCCUGCUCCUCUGAGGUGGCUCUGCACAUGCAACCUUUAUUGCUGUUAUACAUGACAAGCUCAUGUUGCCUGUCUAGUCAGGCCAGUGCUUUGAUUAAACACAAGUCCCUUCUAGAAUCUCUGUAAUGUCAUGGCACUGCUGGCAUGCAGACCCUUCUGCUAGCUCCUGCACACUGGGGAGUCUUCACUGAUUAGCCCAACAACUUGUAAUUUGRUAUAACUAAGCCCUACUACGUAGCCCAACUGAAUACCU